UCUUCUUCUUCUUCAGCGGUCUCCCAACUCCGUUUUUUUUUUUUUUUUGGCGGGUUUUAUUUUCCUCCUUCCUAAAUCCCCUCCAUUUUUAGCGGCUCCGUCGCUCUAGCACUUACUGUCCGUUCCAACUCCCCAACCCAUCCCAUGCACUCGUCCAAGAUGCGCCGGAAAGUAGUUCCGGCUUCAACUGACAACGGCGAUUCCGCCGACAAACAAGACCAGCUCCUCCUCUCUGCUGCCAUCUGCAACGGCGAGGACUUAGGCCCCUUCGUCCGCAAGGCCUUCGCCACCGGUAAACCCGAGACCCUCCUUCACCACCUCCGACACUUCUCCCGAUCCAAAGAGUCCGAAAUCGAGGACGUUUGUAGGGCCCACUACCAAGACUUCAUCAUGGCAGUCGACGACCUCCGCUCCCUCCUCUCCGACGUCGAUUCCCUAAAAUCCUCUCUCUCCAUUUCCAACUCCCAGCUUCAGUCCGUCGCCCUCCCCUUGCUCACCUCCCUGGAUUCCUUCGUCGAGGCCCGCAACAAAUGCAAGAACAUCACUCUCGCCAUCGAAUCUCUUCGGACCUGUGCUCAAUUAGUCGAGCUCUGCUCCCGAGCCAAUUUUCAUCUCUCCAACAACAACUUCUACAUGGCCCUCAAGUGCGUGGACUCGAUUGAGCGUGAGCUUCUGAAAAAGAUGCCGUCGUCUACUCUCCGGCGCAUGCUGGAGAAGCAGAUCCCGGAGAUUCGAGCUCAUAUAGAGAGGAAAGUAAGCAAGGAGUUCGGGGACUGGCUGGUGGAGAUUCGAAUAGUGAGUCGGAAUCUGGGUCAACUCGCGAUUGGGCAAGCCUCAGCUGCUAGGCAGAGAGAGGAGGAGCUCAGGAUCAAGCAGAGGCAAGCCGAGGAGCAGAGUCGUCUGAGUCUUCGGGACUGCGUUUACGCGCUUGAGGAAGAAGAUGAUGAAGGGCUAGACGGAUUCAGCGAGAAUAACAGGGAAGGCUAUGGUAACGGUGGGGCAGGGGCUUUGGGAUUUGAUUUGAUGCCCUUGUACCGAGCCCAUCAUAUUCACCAGACUCUUGGGCUGGAGGAUCGUUUCAGGCAGUAUUAUUUCGAAAACCGGAAGCUUCAAUUAACUUCGGAUUUUCAGGUAUCUUCAAUGACCCCUUUUCUCGAAUCGCAUCAAACCUUUUUGGCUCAAAUUGCCGGGUUCUUUAUAGUUGAGGAUAGAGUUUUGAGGACUGGUGGGGGGUUAAUUUCGAAGAUGGAGGUUGAGAAUUUGUGGGAUACUGCUGUGAGCAAAAUGUGUUCCGUUUUAGAGGAUCAAUUCUCUAGAAUGCAGACAGCUAAUCAUCUGCUACUGAUAAAGGAUUAUGUGAGUUUGCUUGGCGUUACGUUGCGGAGAUAUGGUUAUCCUACUGAUGCUUUGCUUGAUGUUUUGAGCAAGCACAGGGAUAAGUAUCAUGAGCUCUUGUUGUCUGAUUGUCGUAAGCAGAUUGCCGAGGCUCUUGCCGCGGAUAAGCUUGAGCAGAUGUAUAUGAAGAAAGAGUAUGAAUAUUCCAUGAACGUUCUCUCGUUUCAGUUACAAACUUCUAAUCUUAUGCCCGCAUUCCCUUAUGUUGCACCAUUUUCUUCCACCGUGCCUGAUUGCUGUAGAAUUGUGCGGUCAUUCAUUGAGGAUUCGGUGAGUUUCAUGUCGUAUGGCGGACAGCUCGAGUUCUAUGAUGUGGUGAAGAAGUAUUUGGAUAGGCUCUUGGCUGAAGUUCUGGAUGGGGCUUUAUUGAAGAUCAUUAAUACUUCAGUUAACGGGGUUACUCAGGCAAUGCAGAUGGCAGCGAAUAUGGCUGUAUUUGAGCGUGCUUGUGACUUCUUUUUUUGCCAUGCUGCACAACUUUCAGGAAUUCCUUUAAGAAUGGCCGAAAGGGGCAGGAAGCAGUUUCCUCUAACGAAAGCUCGUGAUGCAGCUGAGGAGAUGCUCUCUGGGUUGCUUAAGCAGAAGGUCGAUGGAUUUUUGACUCUAAUUGAGAAUGUGAACUGGAUGGCCGAUGAUACUCUACAGGGUGGUAAUGAAUAUGCGAAUGAGGUGAUUAUAUUUCUAGAAACUCUCGUCUCUACUGCUCAGCAGAUUUUGCCGGUUGAGGUUCUUAAGAGGGUUCUGCAAGAUGUUCUUUCUCACAUAUCUGAGAUGAUCGUUGGAGCUUUACUUGGGGAAUCAGUUAAGAGAUUUAACGUAAACGCUAUUAUGGGACUUGAUGUGGAUAUCCGGAUGUUGGAAUCAUUUGCUGAGAACCAAGCUACACUUUUGUCUGAUGCAGAUGCAAAUGAGUUGAAAACAGCACUUGUUGAGUCAAGGCAAUUGAUUAACUUGCUCUUGAGCAAUCAUCCUGAGAACUUCUUAAAUCCAGUUAUCCGAGAGAGAAGUUAUAAUGCUUUGGACUACCGCAAAGUAGUGGCCAUUUCAGAGAAGUUAAGGGAUCAAUCCGACAGGCUGUUUGGGUCAUUUGGAACAAGGGGAGCGAAGCAGAAUACGAAGAAGAAAUCUCUAGAUGCAUUGAUAAAACGACUGAAAGAUGUGAAUUAAAUUUAUUCAUUCUCUAUACGUGCUUAUUUGCUGGUAAUUCUUCCAUUGGCUCGCCAGUUACUUUACACUAGUUGGAAUUAGCUUAAUCAUAGUAUGUUGGCUCGCGUUAUUAUUCAUUGGUUGUUUCUAUUCAAAUUUUCAUAAUUGCCCAUGAAAUUUGGUGUUACGUACUUCAUCACACUCUCUUGCAGCUCCAAUAGCUUGUUUCUGUUUGCUGAUUAGAAUGUUGCUUGGUCUCUUAAGAUCGUAGGUAGCUCUAUCAGACUUGGUUUAUGUCCAACUUAACCAAAAAUUAUUUUUUCUUUGCUUUAUUUACUUGAUUUUGCAAUUCGUUAUAUUUUGACAUUGUAA